CAAGUCCCUCUGUAUGUAGGUAACCAUGACUACCGCCUGCCAAAGGCUGCACUCUCAACAGCUCCCUGGCUCCCACAAUCAGGGGCAACUGAAAGACAACAGUAGGGACAGAGCUAUUGAACAAGAGAGGGCUUGAAUAGCAAGUGGAUACAGUGUGUGCCCGGAUGGACUUGGCCCAGCUAUGGGGGGGUGAGAAGCGCGGCCUCUCCCACGUGGAAGGCAGCGACGACUGGGGUGAUGAGUUCGGAGGACUGGGUGUUAUACCCUUCAGUCAUUCCCUCAUCCCUCUCAGAGACUCUAGUCCACUCGUCCUCACCGAUCUGGACAUGUGGGACAGCAGGUCUCACUUUAAAUCUCAGUCCUUAGCGUGGAGUAUGGCAUGUAGGACUGGAGGGUUCCUCUCCAAAAUGAGCACCGGCACCUCCGCUAAUGGCAGAGACAGUGGCUUCAGCAGACAGAGUGACCCAGGGCUGGGUAAAAGAAGAUGGCAGUCGAUGUCUCGCCUGGCCCCCGAGGGCGCACCCCGGUCCCUCUCCCCUGUCUCCCCAGGGGUUGAGCUGAGAGCAGCCCUGGAAGAGAGUGGCUUUAGGCGAGCAGAGCUGGUGCAGAGGCUGCGGGAGGCCCAUGGACGUCUGGACAGCCAGACAGACCUGCUGAAGAACAGAGACCCACAGCCACAGCAUAGCAGUGGUACUGCACAGCUGCUGGAGAUGAAACACAAGCAGCUGGCAGAUGCAGUGAGUGCUCUUGAGCAGGAGAAGGAGGCAGCUGAGUUGAGCCGGUUUGAUGAAGGUCGACGUCGAGGAGAACUGCAAGACAAGGUUCUUCGACUGGAGAUGGACAUGUUGAAGAUGAGGUCAAACCUGAGUGUUAUCAAACCUGCGGCCCCAAGAACUAACAACAACCCACUCAGCAGGACCUCACCUGUUACACAACAAGACUUGUUCAGAGAGGAAAAGCACAGAACAGAGAGAGAGCUGUCCAGACUGAGAGAGGCCCUCAGAGAGGCCGAGGAGAGAGCAGAGGCCCUGGAGACAGAGAGAGACCUUCAGCAACUACACACCUCUAAAGAGGCUCUGAACCAGACAGAGGAAGUGAACCAGAGACUGGGUCGGGCCUUGCAGACCCACAGUGAGCUGCAGGACCAGCUGAGUGAGGCACGCAGUAAGCUGGGUCAGGCCACUCUGGAGAGGGACCUUCUGACCUCCAAGGUGUUGCGGCUGGAGGACAGUGUGGAGGACCUGAAGAUCAAGCUGACCGGGGCCAUGUCUGACAAGGACCGCUUACUGCAGGAGAAGGCAGACCUGCACCAGCAUGCUCAGGAUCUGGAGCUGCACUUGGAGAGGGCCCAGAGAGGCAGGGAAGGCUACACAGACCAGGUGUGUGAGCUCAGCAACCAGCUGGCUGAGGCCAAGGCUCACACCAACAGACAGGGGCAGGAGACUAUGCAGAUGAAACAGGAACUUCUGACUGUGACAGAGAUGAAUGAAAAGAUGACAUCAGAGCUGGAGAUGGUCAGACAGAGGCUGGAGUCCUCAUUGGCUCAGCUGCAUGAGCUGGGGGCGGAGAGAGUCAUCCACGUCAAUCAGAUCGCAGCUCUGGAGACGGAGCGCUCGCAGCUGAUCGGAGAGAAGCAGGAGUUGACGAGUGCUAUUGGACGGGAUGGAAGACAGGAGGAGGAAGUGACAGAGUUGAGGGAGAGUUGUUGUCAGCUCAGUGAAUCCCAGGAUGCCUUGGAGUCAGAGAACCAGAGGCUGCACGAAUGCUGCCUGACCUUGGAGGCGGAGCUCCUGGAAAAGGAGGAGGGGCUGUGUCAGAAGGGGGAGGAGCUGCAGCGGUUGGAGGCUGAGUCGGCUCAGAACAUGGAGGUGCUGAGGGGAGUGGCCUCACACUGGAGCGAGAAGUGGCAGGAUGUGGCUAUGGCGUUACAAUCCACCCAGGCAGAACUAGAGGAACUCAGAGAGAAGAACCCUGGAGAUACACUUCAAGAGGAGGUGGUGGGACGCCUGAAGGCGGAGGUUGAGAGACUUCAGACACAGGGACAGAGAGACAAGGAAGAGAUUCAGACUCUUCAUCAACACUGGGCCAGUAAAGAGGCGGAGCUGAGCAGAGUCAUUAAAGAUGCCGGUUCUCUGCUGAAGGUAGAGCUGAACGCUUGUAAACAACAGUUGGAGCUGGAGAGGAGCCGGACUCAGGCUCUACACAACAGACUCAAAGUUAAAGACAACCCUCAUAUCUUGGGUAAGGGAACGGUAGAAACGUUUGAUAAAGGGACAGAGACAGAUAUACCACCACAGACACGGGAUGAACAGGUCUCGUUGGAGGAGCUGGGCCAGGUGAGGGCAGAGCUACAGAUGGUCUCCCUGGAGGAGGUAGAUGGGGCACAGGUGUCACAGCUAAAUAGUGAACUUCAGAGGCUGGAGCUGGAAGUGGCAGAGAGAGAACAGCACCUGAGGGAGAAGGAACAUGCACUGAGGAGUCUGGAGAGACUGAGAGAUGCCGAGAGGACAGAGGCGCAAAUCAAGGUUUCUACACUGGAGUUGAAGUUGAUUAACCUAAAGGAGCAGGCCGGUGGAGAAGGUCUAUGUCAUGGAGGCCAAGAACAAGCUCAGCACACUGACUCACUGAGGGCUCAGCUAGAGGAGAGCAGGACGAGAGCCAAUCAGCUGCAACAGGAGAGAGACCAGGCAGUUCAGAGGCUACAGACUCUACGCCGGCUACAUCAGGCUACGGAACAGGAAGCAGCUGCUGGCAGCAAGAAAGAGAGAACGGUUUGUGUGGAUAACAUAGUGAACCAGGAUAAACAGAGAAGACUGGUAACAGAACAGGUACAGUAGACUGUUAGAACAGAACAGGUACAGUAGACUGUUAGAACAGGUACAGUAGACUGGUAGAACAGAACAGGUACAGUAGACUGUUAGAACAAGUACAGUAGACUGUUAGAACAGGUACAGUAGACUGUUAGAACAGAACAGGUACAGUAGACUGUUAGAACAGGUACAGUAGACUGUUAGAAAAUAACAGGUACAGUAGACUGUUAGAACAGGUACAGUAGACUGUUAGAACAGGUACAGUAGACUGUUAGAACAAGUACAGGUACAGUAGACUGUUAGAACAGGUACAGUAGACUUUUAGAACAGAACAGGUACAGUAGACUGUUAGAACAGAACAGGUACAGUAGACUGUUAGAACAGGUACAGUAGACUGGUAGAACAGAACAGGUACAGUAGACUGUUAGAACAAGUACAGUAGACUGUUAGAACAGGUACAGUAGACUGUUAGAACAGAACAGGUACAGUAGACUGUUAGAACAGGUACAGUAGACUGUUAGAACAGGUACAGGUACAGUAGACUGUUAGAACAGGUACAGUAGACUGUUAGAACAGGUACAGGUACAGUAGACUGUUAGAACAGGUACAGUAGACUGUUAGAACAGAACAGGUACAAUAGACUGUUAGAACAGGUACAGUAGACUGUUAGAACAGGUACAGUAGACUGUUAGAACAAGUACAGUAGACUGUUAGAACAGGUACAGUAGACUGUUAGAACAGGUACAGUAGACUGUUAGAACAGGUACAGUAGACUGUUAGAACAGGUACAGUAGACUGUUAGAACAGAACAGGUACAAUAGACUGUUAGAACAGGUACAGUAGACUGUUAGAACAGGUACAGUAGACUGUUAGAACAAGUACAGUAGACUGUUAGAACAGGUACAGUAGACUGUUAGAACAGGUACAGUAGACUGUUAGAACAGGUACAGUAGACUGUUAGAACAGAACAGGUACAAUAGACUGUUAGAACAGGUACAGUAGACUGUUAGAACAGGUACAGUAGACUGGUAGAACAGAACAGGUACAGUAGACUGUUAGAACAGAACAGGUACAAUAGACUGUUAGAACAGGUACAGUAGACUGUUAGAACAGGUACAUUAGACUGUUAGAACAGAACAGGUACAAUAGACUGUUAGAACAGGUACAGUAGACUGUUAGAACAGAACAGGUACAAUAGACUGUUAGAACAGGUACAGUAGACUGUUAGAACAGAACAGGUACAGUAGACUGUUAGAACAGGUACAGUAGACUGUUAGAACAGGUACAGUAGACUGUUAGAACAGAACAGGUACAGUAGACUGUUAGAACAGGUACAGUAGACUGUUAGAACAGGUACAGUAGACUGUUAGAACAGGUACAGUAGACUGUUAGAACAGAACAGGUACAAUAGACUGUUAGAACAGGUACAGUAGACUGUUAGAACAGAACAGGUACAGUAGACUGUUAGAACAGGUACAGUAGACUGUUAGAACAGGUACAGUAGACUGUUAGAACAGGUACAGUAGACUGUUAGAACAGGUACAGUAGACUGUUAGAACAGGUACAGUAGACUGUUAGAACAGAACAGGUACAGUAGACUGGUAGAACAGGUACAGUAGACUGGUAGAACAGGUACAGUAGACUGUUAGAACAGAACAGGUACAAUAGACUGUUAGAACAGGUACAGUAGACUGUUAGAACAGGUACAGUAGAUGGUCCUUCUGUAGCUCAGUUGGUAGAGCAUGGCGCUUGUAACGCCAGGGUAGUGGGUUCGAUCCCCGGGACCACCCAUACGUAGAAUGUAUGCACACAUGACUGUAAGUCGCUUUGGAUAAAAGUAGACUGUUAGAACAGGUACAGUAGACUGUUAGAACAGGUACAGUAGACUGUUAGAACAGGUACAGUAGACUGUUAGAACAGGUACAGUAGACUGUUAGAACAGGUACAGUAGACUGUUAGAACAGAACAGGUACAAUAGACUGUUAGAACAGGUACAGUAGACUGUUAGAACAGAACAGGUACAUUAGACUGUUAGAACAGGUACAGUAGACUGUUAGAACAGGUGCAGUAGACUGUUAGAACAGAACAGGUACAUUAGACUGUUAGAACAGGUACAGCAGACUGUUAGAACAGAACAGGUACAGUAGACUGUUAGAACAGGUACAGUAGACUGUCAGAACAGGUACAGUAGACUGUCAGAACAGGUACAGUAGACUGUUAGAACGGGUACAGUAGACUGUUAGAACAGGUACAGCAGACUGUUAGAACAGAACAGGUACAAUAGACUGUUAGAACAGGUACAGUAGACUGUUAGAACAGGUACAGUAGACUGUUAGAACAAGUACAGUAGACUGUUAGAACAGGUACAGUAGACUGUUAGAACAGGUACAGUAGACUGUUAGAACAGGUACAGUAGACUGUUAGAACAGAACAGGUACAAUAGACUGUUAGAACAGGUACAGUAGACUGUUAGAACAGGUACAGUAGACUGUUAGAACAAGUACAGUAGACUGUUAGAACAGGUACAGUAGACUGUUAGAACAGGUACAGUAGACUGUUAGAACAGGUACAGUAGACUGUUAGAACAGAACAGGUACAAUAGACUGUUAGAACAGGUACAGUAGACUGUUAGAACAGGUACAGUAGACUGGUAGAACAGAACAGGUACAGUAGACUGUUAGAACAGAACAGGUACAAUAGACUGUUAGAACAGGUACAGUAGACUGUUAGAACAGGUACAUUAGACUGUUAGAACAGAACAGGUACAAUAGACUGUUAGAACAGGUACAGUAGACUGUUAGAACAGGUACAGUAGACUGUUAGAACAGAACAGGUACAAUAGACUGUUAGAACAGGUACAGUAGACUGUUAGAACAGAACAGGUACAGUAGACUGUUAGAACAGGUACAGUAGACUGUUAGAACAGGUACAGUAGACUGUUAGAACAGAACAGGUACAGUAGACUGUUAGAACAGGUACAGUAGACUGUUAGAACAGGUACAGUAGACUGUUAGAACAGGUACAGUAGACUGUUAGAACAGAACAGGUACAAUAGACUGUUAGAACAGGUACAGUAGACUGUUAGAACAGAACAGGUACAGUAGACUGUUAGAACAGGUACAGUAGACUGUUAGAACAGGUACAGUAGACUGUUAGAACAGAACAGGUACAGUAGACUGUUAGAACAGGUACAGUAGACUGUUAGAACAGGUACAGUAGACUGUUAGAACAGGUACAGUAGAAUGUUAGAACAGGUACAGUAGACUGUUAGAACAGGUACAGUAGACUGUUAGAACAGAACAGGUACAUUAGACUGUUAGAACAGGUACAGCAGACUGUUAGAACAGAACAGGUACAGUAGACUGUUAGAACAGGUACAGUAGACUGUCAGAACAGGUACAGUAGACUGUCAGAACAGGUACAGUAGACUGUUAGAACGGGUACAGUAGACUGUUAGAACAGGUACAGCAGACUGUUAGAACAGAACAGGUACAGUAGACUGUUAGAACAGGUACAGUAGACUGUUAGAACAGGUACAGUAGACUGUUAGAACAGGUACAGUAGACUGUUAGAACAGGUACAGUAAACUGUUAGAACAAGUACAGUAGACUGUUAGAACAGGUACAGUAGACUGUUAGAACAGAACAGGUACAGUAGACUGUUAGAACAGGUACAGUAGACUGUUAGAACAGGUACAGUAGACUGUUAGAACAGGUACAGUAGAAUGUUAGAACAGGUACAGUAGACUGUUAGAACAGGUACAGUAGACUGUUAGAACAGAACAGGUACAGUAGACUGUUAGAACAGGUACAGUAGACUGUUAGAACAGGUACAGUAGACUGUUAGAACAGGUACAGUAGAAUGUUAGAACAGGUACAGUAGACUGUUAGAACAGGUACAGUAGACUGUUAGAACAGAACAGGUACAGUAGACUGUUAGAACAGGUACAGUAGACUGUUAGAACAGGUACAGUAGACUGGUAGAACAGAACAGGUACAGUAGACUGUCAGAACAGGUACAGUAGACUGUCAGAACAGGUACAGUAGACUGUUAGAACGGGUACAGUAGACUGUUAGAACAGGUACAGCAGACUGUUAGAACAGAACAGGUACAGUAGACUGUUAGAACAGGUACAGUAGACUGUUAGAACAGGUACAGUAGACUGUUAGAACAGGUACAGUAGACUGUUAGAACAGGUACAGUAAACUGUUAGAACAAGUACAGUAGACUGUUAGAACAGGUACAGUAGACUGUUAGAACAGAACAGGUACAGUAGACUGUUAGAACAGGUACAGUAGACUGUUAGAACAGGUACAGUAAUGUUAGAACAGGUACAGUAGACUGUUAGAACAGGUACAGUAGACUGUUAGAACAGAACAGGUACAGUAGACUGUUAGAACAGGUACAGUAGACUGUUAGAACAGGUACAGUAGACUGUUAGAACAGGUACAGUAGAAUGUUAGAACAGGUACAGUAGACUGUUAGAACAGGUACAGUAGACUGUUAGAACAGAACAGGUACAGUAGACUGUUAGAACAGGUACAGUAGACUGUUAGAACAGGUACAGUAGACUGGUAGAACAGAACAGGUACAGUAGACUGUUAGAACAGGUACAGUAGACUGUUAGAACAGGUACAGUAGACUGUUAGAACAGGUACAGUAGAAUGUUAGAACAGGUACAGUAGACUGUUAGAACAGGUACAGUAGACUGUUAGAACAGAACAGACUUAUAGAAGCUCCUCUCUUUGGUGUAUUAUUUGAUAAUUACAUUAUUAUUUGGAUGACCAGCUGAAGAGUCUGUUUAAGGAGCGUGAGCAGUUGGGUCAGGUCUAUGGUAGAUCAGCAGGAGGAGGAGGAGUUCUGCAAGACUGGGCACCGAAGUCGAAGGUCAUCAAGAACUCCCUUGACACACUACACAGCCAGAGGAAGAGAGAGAAGGAGCUGAUGAGGGAGCAGCAGCAGCAGUUUGCAGGACUGGGGCCUGUGUCUGAGGAGCAAGAAGAGGAGGACGACCCAGAGAGGGAGGUGGAGGAGGAGGUGACUCGCCUUAGGGAGGAACUCCACAGCAAGACCCACGCGAUGUCAGCGAUGAGUGUGGAAAUCAGCAAUCUGAGAGAGAGAAAUGAAAACCUCCAGAAAGCCAAGCUAAGGUUUCCGCCACAGAUCCAAGGGUUGGGCGCCACAGCGUCUAACUCUUCAGAGAAGACCACGUCAGAGAGCGAGGAGCCUCUUCUAUUGGAGAGAGACAUGCAGAGGGGAUCAUCAUCAUCAUCAUCAUCAUCACCACCACCCCGCUGGGAAGAUGGAGUGUUCCUGGCUAGGCAGGUGCAGAUCGGCAGCCCUGAAUUGGAGGGGGAGGAAGAUGGAGGCUGUGGCUGAUGCAUACCUGGUCCUAAUUUGCUCCCUACCCCUUCUCCUUGGCCCUUAACUACUUCAAGGUUGUCAGAUCUGAAGCAUCUAUAUACGUAGAAGCAGUAUUGUUGUAGAGCUUCCACUAUAUUGCUUCCGCCCCUACAGAUCUGCAAACAUUGAAGCUAAUGGAGUCCUCAGUCUGCGUGUGAAGUCUUACUAUAGUCAUGCAAUGAUACAAAUCCUAAAAAGGUUGUACAAACCAGUGUUAAUGUCAAUCUACUGAUUAGUGGUUAGAAAUGCGGUGCUUUUGUUGAUGAUUAACAAUGAAACAGGAAGUGAAAUGUGUUCCAUUGAUAAUAGUGAGAUGACAGAGGAUGAUUUUCUAUAAUACGCUAUAUAAAGCUAAUGAUCCACAUUGUAUAUUUAAUAGUAGUAAUGUUAAUGUGGUUAAUACAUUAAAACUACAAUGUUACCACAUACAACACAACAAUUCUGGACGUUUGUGAUAUUGCCGUUUUGUUGUAAUUAAAAAAUGACUGCGUUAAACUCA